AUGACCACAAUUCCGCUCGCCACCCAAGAAUCCCUCCAAAGCUUUCUCUCCAAAGCCACCAUCUCCAAAGAAGUCUUCAAACUGCGUCCGGACUAUCGUGCACUUCUCAUUGCAGUCUCAAAUCUUUCAUCUUCCAGCACUGGUCCCAGCGACGCCUUUUCCGAAAACGUCCUCCAAGAAGCCGAGACAUCUGUCCGUUCCCACUUGUCCACGGGGAAAUCCGUCAACGACAUUCCCCACGUCGCAGCCUGGCGAGAAGCAUACAAGUCCUUCGGAGCCAAACCCAACAAACAUCGAAACUCCCUCGAAGCGUUGACUCGCAGGAUCACUCUCGCAACAGACGGCAAGCCCGCUGCUGGUCUUCCUCGGAUCAACAAGUUGACAGACAUUUACAAUGCCAUUUGUGUAAAACAUCAGAUUCCUCUCGGAGGCGAGGAUCUAGAGAAGUACGACGGUCCUCCACAGUUGAAAGUCUCCGAUGGCACAGAACCUUUCCAUGUGACCGAGAAGGGUGAAGCGAAAAUUGAGUUCUCAGACAAAGGUGAAGUCGUAUGGUGUGACGACGAGGGCGUGACAUGUCGGAGAUGGAACUGGCGGCAGGGUCCUCGAACGGGACUGAGCGAAAAGACAGAGAAGGUGCUCUUCAUCUGCGAUGCCUUGGACGCUAUGAGUGAUGCAGAGCUGGAGAAGGUGGGAGAUGAGUUAGUGGAGGCUCUGAGAGAGGGCAGCCCGGAAUUGGUGGUAGCGAGGAGACUCAUCAAGUCUAAUGAAUAA